AUGGAGGAAAAAGACGAGCCGGAUAUGCAGUGGUAUCAAACUUUGAGACAACUGAAGCACAAGUCCUACCUGAAGGAUGAUCAGUGCAGAGGAAAGGGACACUUGACAGCAGGAGGAAAAGGAAUCAAAAAUCAGAAUGAGAUUUUAAAGUUACUAGAAGCAGUCUGGGAAUCUAAGGAAAUAGCCGUCAUCCAUUGCAAAGGCCACCAGGAAGGGAAAGACUCAGUAUCAGAAGGAAACCAGCAUGCCAAUGCCACAGCCAAGCUGGCUGCUAAAGAACAAGCAGCACCAGCAUGGAUCAUCUUGGCCCCCGAAUUACCUGAACCCCCAAAAUACACUCCUCAGGAAGAGAAAUGGGCCCAGAAAGAAGGGAGAACAGCUGUACAUCCUUAUAAACCUGGAGACCAGUUUUGGGUAAAGGAUUGUGAAAAGGAGCCCCUCAAGCCUACCUGGAAGGGACCCUAUCCAGUCAUAUUAACCACCCCCUCAGCUCUUAAGGUUGCAGGACUAAACACCUGGAUCCACCACUCCCGGGUGAAGGCAGACCAGCCGAGUGACAUCCAGUCUGAGUGGAAGGUGACCUCUGACCAGAAACACCCCCUGGAGAUCACCCUCAAGAAGACAGCAGACCUGGCUGAGCAACCUGCUCCAAGGAAUUCAGAUAACACCCUGCUGAAUUCUCCCUAACACUAAUCUUUCUUUCUUAUCACCUAACGUAUCAUGCUCUAGUAUUUCUGGAUAAUCACUGGUUUUAUCUAAUAAUUCUUAUUUUGUCUUUUUAUGAGUGCCAGUGGAUUCCAAGACUAGUACCAGGAGGAGAACUCAUCUGCUCUUGCUGGGACACAAAAGCACCAUAAAAUUACUGCUCCACACACAGCAAGGAAACAAAGGCCUUAUCAUAAAUUGUUGGACUACACCUUGUCAUGCCAUCCUUUGCUCCUUGCUUAGAAACUCACUACUCAAAUAUGCUAGUCCAGGUAGUCCACGAGAAAACCCAAUCAAGCCAGAUUUUUGUUAGCUAUACUUAUCAGCCUGCGGCAUGUUAUGACUCUACUACCAAAUGCUUGUGGUGUGGGGGGUGGGGGGUAUUGUAUUGGAUAGGACCUGUCACAGCCAAUGUGCAGCUAACUGAUAUUGCUCCUAUUUGUUUCAGCAGUAUGCAGGGCCAACAUCCAACAGGUCACCUUCCAGAUGAACUAUGCAACUAUACCCCCAAGGCUGAAAACACCACCUACCCCUGAUUCCUCCUGCAGGAACAUUCUAUGCCUGUGUGACCACUGCUUACCUCUGCCUGCCUGAAACCAGAAGAACUCCCUACAAACCCCUCUGAGAGGAAGAAGCGGGAUGCUAACCCCUUGGUCAUCGUCCCUUUCCAGCAGGAAGUAGCUAAGAGCGGUCGUCACCCCUGUUCACCAUAACAUCCCG